CUGGGUGAAAACUAGGAGAGAUCAGUAAUAUAGGCGCGCGUGAAUCUAAAUUUUUAAAGUUUGGAUUUGUUACGUUUAUUAUCAUUUCUUCGGGGAUUCGACAUUUCAUCAUAUUUUAUCGAAUUUGUAUGUUAUGAAAUUCUUAAAUUUCCUUCAUUAGCAAAGCAGUAAUUUAAAAAAUAAAUUGUUAAUUUUGAUAUAUUUAAUCAUUUGAACAUGAAACUUUUAGCACUUAUUCAUUUAUUCGAAUUUAUCUGUUUGUUGAACCUCGUAGCUGGUCAAGCACCAUACUACGUACCAGCUCGAUAUGUAGACGACGAUUUACGAGGUGAUUAUUGCCGUAACAGGUACCCUGUGACAUGUUGCAGAGAACGAGACGAUACUUGUAGUGUACCAAUUCUUGGUACAGUAUGCUAUUGUGAUAUGUUCUGCAAUCGAACCAAUAAUGCUGAUUGUUGUCCAGAUUUCAAAGCAGUCUGUCUUGGUAUCAGUCCAGUGCCUCCUCCAGGACAACUAACUCAAAAAUUUUGCCAUUAUCAAGGCCGAAAGUACUAUCUUGGACAGACUGUGAAAAUAAAUUGCAACAAAUGCACGUGCCAGCUAAAAGAAAACGAAAUACUGGAUUUCGUAUGCGAGCAGAAUAUCUGUUUGGUGAGAUCAGAACUCCUCAGUACUAUCAAUGACGGACGCUAUGGAUGGAAAGCUAGCAAUUAUUCUAUAUUUUGGGGCAAAACCCUGAAUGACGGAAUCAAGCACCGCCUUGGUACUUUCAAACCUAUAAGACCGACAAUGGAAAUGACAGAAAUUCAUCAGAUUAUGAAAGGACCGUUACCUCCAACAUUUGAUGCACGUCAGAAGUGGAGGAAUCUCAUCACACCAAUCCGGGAUCAAGGAGAUUGCGCAGCAUCUUGGGCUUUCUCCACUACUGCAUUAGCGUCCGAUCGUCUUGCUAUCGAAUCUCUGGGGAUGGAGCGAAUGGAAUUAUCACCUCAGCAUCUUCUGUCUUGUCAAAAGAGAGGACAAAGAGCUUGUCAUGGGGGCCAUCUGGACAAAGCGUGGUACUUUCUUAGGAAAAAAGGAAUAACUACCGGCGCAUGUUUCCCGUAUACCGGAAAUGAAUAUACGAAGUGCCCUUUUUCUAAUGGGAAUAAUGGAAAAGUUAAUGGCGGAAAAGUUCGAUGCCCUGGAGGAGGUGAAGAUGAGCUGUAUUAUUCUACACCUCCUUAUAGAGUUGGACCAAAAGAAGAGGAAAUAAUGAGAGAACUCUAUUUUAAUGGACCUGUUCAAGCAACCUUCAGAGUGCAACCAGAUUUCUUCUUAUACAAAAGUGGUGUGUACCAUCAUGUUGAGUCCUUAACUGCUGGCCUUCCAUCAGCAUUCAGACAACAGGACUGGCACUCUGUUCGAAUCAUAGGAUGGGGUGAGGACAUUGUGGAUGGCAAACGAUUGAAAUAUUGGAUGUGUGCCAAUUCGUGGGGUGAAGAGUGGGGAGAAGACGGAUUUUUCCGUAUUGUAAGAGGUCAAGAUGAAUGUGACAUAGAAAUGUUUGUAGUGGGCGCUUGGGCACAUACUGAAAUGUACCAUUUCUGAAAGUCAUUCUUAUGUGUAUAUUGUAUUUAAGAAUGUUUUUAGCUAGAUGUUAUAUUUUUGUAUGCAUUUGUAAGGUGGGUUUUUGUAUCAUUGCUGUUCUAACAGUUACACAUUUUUUUUUUUUUUUUUUUUUUUUUUAAGUUUAAUUUUUUUCGGUUUUAAUUUCAAACAUUGUACAAAGCAUUUACAUAAAUAUCUAGAAAUGAUAUGGUUUGAAAAGCAAUUUUCUCCAAGAGAACCGUGUUUUUAUUAAUCAUAAACCUCAUAAUCAAAGUACUGCAAAGCAAGUAUCAUAUUUUAAAUAAGUGAAAUAAUUUAUUAAACCAAAUAUGAACAUAAAGCACUGUAACAAAUAACUGUAGAUCAUUUCUUAUAUAAAAUUACAUAUCUAAUGAUUUAUUUUUCCAUGCUUGGUGAAAACAGAACUUUUUCAUUUGUAUUAGAUAAGCAUUAAACUUUAGACUUGGAUAUUGAAUAAUGAUAAAAAUAAACUCUUCACUUAUGAUAAAUUUUAUUAAAAAUUAUAAAAAUGUAUAUUAAAUUUAAUUUUAAACACUAGAAACACUGUGUGCAAAACUUAACUAUAAACAUAAAUUUAAGAUUUGCAAGUAAAAGUUACAUUCAGAAUUUUUAUUUUCUUACUCUUAAUUUUUUUUUUCUUUUAACUGUUAGCUAUGGAUGCAUAUAUUAAAAUAUUUAUCAUUAGAUGCAGUUUUUUGCAAUAUUCAUACAGCAUCUACCAUCAUCAUAACAUCUUGCAGUAAAAUCCAUCUUAUAUAACAUAUUAAGACAUGGCCUUAUGUAAUAUUUUUAGAGAAAUAAUGCAGUGUUAGAUUUUUCAAGCAUUUCUUUUGAACAACUCCAGUCAACAUAAAUGUCAUGUCUGUCACUGCCAUAUGACAAUUGCUUCAGUUUUAUUCAUUCACUCAUACAUAUGUGUAUUUUUUUUAAAGUGUUGUUCCUUCCAUUUGUCUAUAUGUCAAAACAUUCCCCACUUUAAAACUAUUCAUGAUUACUCAAAGUUAGGUUUAUGAAGGGCUGUUGUGAAUACUCAAAAGUUAAUCAAGUAUCUUUUAGUGUACGAUAUAUCUGUAAUCUAAGCCAAAAUAAAAAUAUUUUCAUGAAAUUUUUUUCUUUCUAAUUUUAUAUACUGAAUGAAUUUAUUAUACUUCUUGGUAAUAAUUUAUUGAAAUGCAUUUUUUCUGCAUUACAUGCAGUCAGAUUAGAAGAUAACAAUAGAUAUUAUAUAGAUUUCAAAAUUCCAAUCUUUAAAUCUAUCUAUGUAGAUAAAUUUAAAAACUGGAUUACCCGAGAUUAUGGCAAAGCAUACUACAGCUGUUUACAUAGGAUAUGGAUGCCUUUUUGAAUGGCUUUCUCUGAGAAACUUUUAUUCACAUGAGAAAAAUAAAAAAAAUUCUCAAGAUACCAGUAUGUAAAUUUAAAACUGACAAAAAUAUUCACAACGCAACAUGCAUAAAUGUAUUCGUGCAGCAUAUUGAGUUUGCCAAUCAGAAUUCAGAUUUCCAGUGUCUAAAACAACUAUAACAAAUAUAUCUUUUAACAUUUUUUUUAGAUGAAUGGAUAACUAUUAAAGGAACUAAAAGUAAUAAAAUGUUUUAAAAAAUUAAAGGAAAAUGAUGUAAAAAAAAAAUAGCAUACAUGGUACAUCAUAAGCCUCACAAGGUUAUAUUAUUAGCAUUUCUGUUCAUUAGAUGUAUGCUAGAAAUUUUAAGCUUAUGAAUUAACAUGAAUAAGUAGUAAUUUAAAUUUAAUAAUUCUUUAACUACAAAAUGCAUUGUUUUUGUAUCACACGAUUACUGAUCAAUGAUUACAGAUAAAAUUGGUCAAGUAAUAAAUACUGGAAAAUAGAUACUAAAUGACAAUUACUUUGAGACCUUUCAAUGUUAGUAAAAUCAUAUACAUAGAUAUACAGAACAAAGACAAGCUAAUUCUGACCACUGACAUGCACUGAGGUAGAGUGUUUGCACUGUUUUAACAAUUAUAGAUAGAAGGCCUCCCACCCGUAGCUGAGUUAGACUGCUAAAUACUCAUAAUCUGUCCCUGGAUUCAAGCCAAGUAGAAUGAGCUGGCGCAAACUUUCAUGGGUUCAUCCCUCUGUAAAAUUAAUAUAAACCAUUUUUUCCCAGAAAGUCUUCCAUGAAGGCAUACUUUACCCAGAUAGCCCUUGUGUGUUUUGCCAUAUCUAAUUGCCUUUAUAAGAUAAUUUGGAAAAUGUGUACACAACAAUUUUUUUUUUUUUUUUUUUUAAACAACUAAAAUUCUGAUAAUCCCUUACAUUUGCAUUACAACUUUCUGAUGAAAAAAUAUUUUAAAAGAAGGACAACAUUAUAGUAUAAACCAAAAUUUAUUUCAUUAUGAAAUAAUUCCAUGAUGAGGCUGGUUAUAUGUAGGUGAAUAAUGAAUACAGCUUCAACUUUCUGAGAACACUCUUCAGAUAAGCAAGCUCACAUUAAAGAAGAAAGUACAAACAAGCAUAUUUACAAAGUCUCAUUGAGGAUAAAAAUUACAUCACAUUAUAUGGAUAUAAUUUUAGAGAGAUUACAAAAACCACCUCUCAUAGCUAGCAUAAGUAAUUUGCAUAAAAACACAGAAAAUACAAUUCAAGUUCAUAAAAAGUAAAUAAAAGCUAAAAAUUAAUAAAUAUAAAAAAGUUCUUAAAGUUACAUCAGAUUUAUAAAUCUCCAAAUUUAUGUCAGUGGAUGUAAAUUACAGCAUUAAAAUUUAUUAUUAUCUAAGGAGAUUACUAAUAAAAAUUAUAGAGUACUUGAAUGUAAGAUAAUUUUUCAAUUUACUAUUUAUUUAUUAGUUAUCCAGGUUUUAUUAUAAAAUAAUAAAGAAAGGAGAAAAUUAAAUAAUAGGAAUAACAAUAAUAAAAAAAGUUUAAAAUAUUCUAGCUCUUCAAUAAUGGGGCAUGAGCAUUAGCAACUAAUUUUAUUAACUAUUCAUACUUAUAAAACUUUGCAAAUGUAUCAGUUCCUUUAUAUUAGCAGUAACAGAAAAAUGGACGACCACAGCAAAUACUUAAUAUAUAUAUAAAACUGUAGCUUCAACAACAGCUUUAUGGACAAUGGUUUGGAAAAAAUGUUCCUGGUUCCCCCCUCCUCUCCCUCAUACUAUAAAGAAUCCAAAAUACACUGAUUACUAUAAAACAAACCAUGGAGACUUUUCAGACAGACAAAACAUACACACACACAAAUUCUGUUCAUCAGCAUAAAAGUUCUAAAUAUUAAACCAGCAUAUACAAGUAAUACAUAAUUUUAAAAUUCUUCACAUCUUAAAAUGCAUUAUUUUAACAAUUAGUCAUACAUGCAAUCUUUUGUUUACAAGCUUAAAAAUGAUAUAUACUUUUCAAGAAACAAAUUAUAUCAGCAUACCUUAAAAAAAAAAUCUUUUGAAACAUCACAAUAAACAAGCAUAUAUGGUUAAAAAAAUUCUAGAAGAAUAUUUGGAUGCUUCAAUGUUAAUGUUUUUAUAAGCAUUACGUUAAUGGCGGUAGAUAUCUCAAUGAUACACACAUUUUGCAGGCAAGAAUCUCUCUCUCUCCAAAUUCUAUGCAAUAAUGCAGGAUUUCGAUUGACUACAAAAAGGGGGGAUAUUAAAAUUUGGUAGGGUUGAAUGAUGCUUUAAAGUUGAACACAAAUGACAAAUUCUGAAAUACUAGAAAAUAACUAAUAAAUAAGCACCUGAUGAAAUUAGAUUUGUAAAUAAAGAUGAAAGAUAUCAAAGCUGCAUGUACACAUUCGACUAAAAUAUUUUCUUCAAAGAAAAUGGAGUUACAUUUAAGAUUGUUGAAUUGGUACUUUUUUGUUCAGAAACUAGAAUUUUUCAGAAUUAUGUAAUGUGGUAAGCUUUUUAGCAUACUUUCAUAUCAUCAAUGACAAAAAGAGUAAAUGAUUUUUCAGAGAAUAAUUCAUUAUCUUUAAAAAUAAAACAUUUCAUGGAAACUGCAAUCAUGAUAUAGCUAAAAAAAAAA